CAACUCUACCCUCCUUGACCGCAGGUUCCAGCUCAAUCUCUGUGGCGCAUGCGCGUGCUGCACUUGCUCGCUCCGCCCCUGCUUCCACAUCGCAGUGACGCCCCUUCCGCCAAAGUUGUGCAGCCUUCUUGCGGCGCCUGCGCACUGUCGCAUUACGGCGGAACUAAUCCGGCGACCUUGAGCUUAGACACAUUUAGUGCCAGGAAGGGAAAAGGGGGACCACAGAAUGCGUCACACACCCGGAAGCGGAGAUCCGGAAGUGGGGUUGGACAGGUUAUCCCCAGGGGUGGGGCAGCGGAGGCCCAGGAAGAGGGGGAAAAAAGAAGGUGGAGGAUCCUGGCUACUAAUCUGAAUCCGAUACCGAUUGUCUUAGACCUCAGAGACACAGAAAAGACAGAAGGGUGCCUCAUCCCCCUUCCUCCCCUCCUCCCUCUCUUCAGCCUUAGCCAUGGCGGAGGCAGGGGCCGGGCUGAGUGAGACCGUCACUGAGACAACGGUUACCGUGACAACCGAGCCCGAGAACCGGAGCCUAACCAUCAAACUUCGGAAACGGAAGCCAGAGAAAAAGGUGGAAUGGACGAGUGACACUGUGGACAACGAACACAUGGGCCGCCGCUCAUCAAAAUGCUGCUGUAUUUAUGAGAAACCUCGGGCCUUUGGCGAGAGCUCCACGGAGAGUGACGAGGAGGAAGAGGAGGGCUGUGGUCAUACACACUGUGUACGGGGCCACCGCAAAGGACGGCGUCAUUCAACCCCGGGACCAAGCCCCACCACCCCUCCCCAGCCUCCUGACCCCUCCCAGCCCCCUCCAGGGCCAAUGCAGCACUAAAUUCCUCUCUGCCCCACCAUUCCUGUGUCUGUCUGGCCCUGAAUGUAUUCAUGUGGCUACUCGGGGUAGUAUGGUCCCUUCUCCAGCCCCCUCCUCCCCUCUCCUCUGCCUGAUAGAGGGAAGAGGGGGAGGAGGGUGGACAGAGAUCCUGGAAUUCUGACUUGCUGCUAUUCCAGAACCCAGGCUUCUGGGUUCCCCCAGCCCUCAUUUCUGCCUCCUCUCUUCAGGGAUCCAGGCAUCUUGGUCCCAGUCUUUUCCCUUUGUUCUCACUGCCAAACUACCUGUCCUGUGAUCUAAUUAUCUUGGCCCCUUGCACUCUCUACUUGAGUUCCAAACAGUUAAAUUGGGUUUCCAACAGCCCCAGCUUUCACUGCCAGGGUCCUAGUCAGAUUCCAGGCAAUCUUGCCCCAGCUAUGCUUGUUAAUCCUGGCUUAGAGCUUUUCCACUAAUGUAUUUAUGUCAUCCUAACUCUUAGUCCUUGCCUGUGGGAUGUGAGGUCUUAUGUGAGACCUCAGGGCUCCUAGCCCUUUCCCUCCUCUCCUGCCCACUCCCGUCAUGCCCUUAAGAGGAGUUAGGAGAGAGAGAGGUCUUUGUCAUUCUCACCUUGGGAGAAUGGGAAAUGGAAAAAGAAAUAGUCAUGUCUUCUCCCCUCACCAUUCUCGUGUGACUUAGGGUUUCUGACAAAGCUGGCUUCAAGACUGGUCACUUAGAGCCAACUAUCUCCUCAGCCUUUGGUCUUCCAGCUUAGGAGACAGAUCCAACACGGUCCCAGGGACCUGCGUCCCUGGGAGAGGAAGGAACAGGGAGGGAGCAAAGAGAUGUACUCUCACCCCUUCCUUCCUAGGCUUUGAUGUCUCUGCCAGCCCAGAUGUCCUGGCCUUCCCCACCCCUUACUGGGAUCUAGAUAUCAUUUUCCAGGCCUCUUGCCAUGCACAGUUGCAGAGAUCAGUCAAAUCCAUACCACCACUGAGAUCUCAUUUAUUGCCACAGAUGCACAAAAUAAAUAACCCAACAUCACAAAAUGUGUUAAA